GAUAAGAGCAUGGGAACAAUCCGCAACCCGCUGCAGAAAACAUGCCCUUACAAAAAAUUUAAUCACAACUCUAACUUUCAAGAAGUUGAAUUGUCUCUCGACAGACUGAUUUUCCAGGAUGUCAAUGAAAACUCUUCCCCUGGUUUUCAUUAACCUUGGAGGGGAGAUGCUUUACAUACUGGACCAUCGCCUGCAAGCUCACAGCACUUCUGAGGGCAAGUCUGAAAAAGAAGUGUGGUCUGAAAAUGACAGAAAAAGAGUGAUGAAUGACAUUGUCGGGACCAUGUUCAGUAAAGCCUUCGUGGAUGAACUUUUGAAACCUCAGCUGCUGUAUUCACACAGGACAAUGAAAGUCGUACUAACUCGCUUGGCGCACGUCUCGAUCAUGAAGCUGAAGACGGUCAGCAUGGAGAAGCUCUACGAGCUGAUGAUCAUGGCCUUCAAGUAUCAAGUCUUCCACUGUCCGCGCCCUAAGGACCUGCUGCUCAUCUCAUACAAUCAUAUCGACACCAUCAGGGAAUUUGUGAAAGACACUCCUGCCCUUGUGAACAAAGUGGAUGAAACUCAUAGGAAGAUCAUUGAGGUAUACUCGUCUAUGACUUCGGGUGAAUUCCAGCUUCUCCGGCAAACGCUGCUCACGUUCUUGCAGGACAUGCACAUCCGCGUGUCCAUUUUCCUCAAAAACAAAAUCCAGAAUCCCAACGGGCGUUUCGCCCUGUCAACCUCAGGCCCAGUGCCUCAUGGAAUGGAUGUUCCUGGGAUCAUUCGGAUAUUUGACAAUAAGGGACGACAAAUGCAGCAGAGCCGGUUCUCCUCGGGUGGGAGUUACACCCUCCCCAUAAAAGAUGCUUCAUUUGGCCUACAUGGAGACAGAGUCAUCAAACUGGGCGUGAACAUGUACAGUGUAAAUAUGGGAGGGGAAUCAUCCAAAGUUCACUCAGUGAAGACAGAAACCGCUCCCAACCUUCUGGCUAAAGAAGAGCUCAAUCUACUGGCCCGUCUGAUGGGCACUGUUGAGAUUGAGAACGUGUCCGCUUCUCAAAUUGGCUUUCAGAUCAACCUGUUUAAUUCAGCCCAAGAGGAGGAUGAGGGAGGAGCUUCAGGUGGAGCUGAGGAGUCAUUUGGAGUGAUAAAUAUACAAGCCCUGCAGGAUGAACAUUCAGCAACACAGCUGGCUCAAAUCGCCGGCCUUUUUGCAGAACAAGAGGAGAUGCCAGAUGAUGUGAACAGUAACAAAGGAGAUGACCUGCUGGCCAUGAUGGAUGACCUCUGACCCUUGUGACAUGUUAAUAUUCAAAUCCUGUCUCCAAACCAUUUUCCACUCUCCUGGAGCGUCCAUCCAUCCAUCCAUUUUCUGAGCCGUUUCUCCUCACUAGGGUCGAGGGCGUGCUGGAGCCUAUCCCAGCUAUCAUCGGGCAGAAGGCGGAGUACACCCUGAACUUGUUGCCAGCCAAUCGCAGGGCACAUAGAAACAGACAACCACUCGCACUCACGUUCACACCUACGGGCAAUUUAAAGUUGUCAAUUAACCUACCAUGCAUGUUUUGGGGAUGUGGGAGGAAACCGGAGUGCCUGGAGAAAACCCACGCAGGCACGGGGAGAACAUGCAAACUCCACACAGGCGGGCCCGGGGAUUGAACCCCAGACCUCAGAAUUGUGAGGCAGACGCUCUAACCAGUCGGCCACCGUGCCGCC